GGGAUCGUCUGGUGUCAAAGUUGACUGGCAGGGCUGUCAUGUCUUUGUUGCCGCUGUUGCUCCUCAUAUGUUGUGAAUAGAAUAGCAGGAUAGAUGGAAAAAUAACAGUUUUACGUACAGAAGAUACUCAUAUAAACAUUACCCACAACAGUCAAACCACCCAAAAGAUGGAAGACAAGCUGAAUGGAUUCCCUGUUGUCUCCCCGGAGUAUCUUCAACAGUGGGUUCAGUCUGCACAGCAGUUUCAAGCUCUCCAGGCCCAAUAUUCAGGCUUCAACCAUCCGUCUCACUACCCAGAGGGGCAGACGGGGGAGGCAGCCAUGGCACACAUGUCUUAUCCAGAACCCAUGAUGGAUCAGCAGGAACCGGAGAACCUGGCUAAACCCCCGGCCAAAAAAAGAGGCCGAUCAGCUCAACCCAAGGAACCCAAAGCACCGAAACCGCCAAAAGUCCCCAAGGCACCAAAACCACCAAAACCUCCAAAAGUUCCUAAAGCACCAAAACCACCAAAACCUCCGAAAGUCCCCAAGGCGCCAAAGCCGGCAAAGGACCCAAAUGCCCCGAAAGCCAAACCCGGUCCUAAGCCCAAGAAGGCCGCCGACGCUCAGGGAGACGGCAAGCAAGAGAAGAUCGACGAGAGCUUCAAGAAGGUGAAGAGGAAAAUCGACCGCUUCAAGGGAAUGUCGGAGGAGGAAGUCAUGACAAAAACUCUACCGGACCUGCUGGAGUACAACCUGGACUACGUCAUCAUUGGUAUCAACCCAGGACUGAUGGCAGCUUUCAUUGGACGGUGGUUUCCAGGUCCUGGAAAUCAUUUCUGGAAGUGCCUCUUUCUGUCCGGGUUCACCGAGGAACUACUGAACCACAUGCACGACACCACACUGCCUGGCAAGUACAAAAUGGGCUUCACCAACAUGGUGGCCAGAGCGACGCCAGGAAGCAAAGACCUCUCGAGUAAAGAGUUGCGUGAAGGAGGCAAAAUCCUUGUAGAGAAGCUGAAGACGUUCAAGCCUCUUAUUGCUGUUUUUAAUGGAAAAUGCAUUUAUGAAAUGUUCUGCAGAGAGAUGUUUGGUAAGAAACCAAAGAAACUUGAUUUUGGUUUGCAGCCGCACAAGAUCCCCGACUGUGAGGUGGCUCUGUACCUGAUGCCUUCAUCCAGCGCUCGCUGUGCUCAGUUCCCUCGAGCUCAGGACAAAGUCCACUUCUACAUCAAACUGAGGGAGCUCCGAGACCAGCUGAAGGGCGUCCAGAAACCGACUGAGGUCGAGGAGGUUGAUUACUCCUUUGACCUGUCGUUGGCUAAAGAGGACGCCAAGAGGAUGGCCAUAAAGGAGGAGCAGUACGAUCCUGGUUACGAAGAUGCCUUCGGUGGAGUGUAUGCGGAGAAAGGAGCCGAAGGGGCCGGAGGGGCUGAAGGCUCCGGGGCUGCGGCAGGGCCUGGAGGGGCCGAAGGGUCCGGGGCCCCAAGCCAGACCAACGGCCACUGCACGUUCUCGAGUGCAGACAACACAGAAGGCGCUCAGGAGGCGACCACGUCACAAAUACCAGAGGGCCAGCUGCCAGACGGACAGUGGAUGACUCAGUCCUUCGCAGAUCAGAUCCCAGACAUCAGCGGGGCACCAAAGGAGGCCAGCGCAUAAACACAGGACUACUUUUGUCUGGUUUUCAAUCGUUUGCCUUUUUUUUUUUUUUUUUUUCCUCUUCUGUUUUUUUUUUUUUUAUUAGUCUUCGAGUGGAACAUACACACACAUAGAUGGACUUUUCUGGUAGAACUUGCAGAUUAUUCCCUGCAUUUUAUUUUUUAAAAUCUUGUUUGCGGUCCUGCUCUAAUGUAUGAUCAUCUUCAAGGCAGUCUCUUUUUUUAAAAUAUGUGAAAUCAGGGACAAUGAUGCUCGACUGUCUUGAAGAAGGUCAUGUAUUUAAACGUUUGUUUAGCCUUUGUACUGUACCGCGCUGCACGGCCAUGCAGUAAGCGUAAACAUCCACCUCUACUGUUUCGACAGUAAAUCAAACUCCAGACGGUUUGAUGGAUCGGUGUGAGCCGUUAUGAUCCUCUGUGAUUUGGGGAUUUAGUUAGCAUUCAUGGUGCUAUGACAGGUGAUCGCUGGAUGAAAUCAUCGUGCAUGUUAGAGGCUCCACGGAGAGUUCCUGGUCAGCCCUUCAACAUAAUGUUACAGGUUUCAAUCUUUUAUCAUCAGUUUUCUUUUUGACUAGGAAUUUUAGAAUUACAUUUUGUAUGAUUAUGAAAAUGUCACUCACAAGGAAUUUUAUGAAACGUGUCCAUUAAAAAUGUCUUGAUGAU